GCAGCUUUGCGUUUGGAGGUUGGUAGGCUCUCUCUCCGCCUCACUCGUAAGUCGUAAAGCACAACGUUUUUUAACUUUUCGAAGAAAUAGCAGUGGCACAGAAGAGUAGUAGUGAUGGAGAAGGCGAGGAAGAAGCAAGUUCUUCUCUUCCACUGUGUGGAGUAUGAAGAUCUUGCUCGAAGAGUUGCUGCACAAUCCGACUGUAUUCAACUUCAGUCCAUUAAUUGGAGGAGCUUUGAUGAUGGAUUCCCAAACCUUUUCAUUAACAAUGCCCAAGAUAUCCGGGGCCAACAUGUUGCUUUCCUGGCAUCCUUCAGCUCCCCAGCUGUCAUCUUUGAACAGUUAUCUGUCAUAUUUGCCCUGCCACGGCUGUUUGUUGCUUCUUUCACAUUGGUUUUACCCUUCUUUCCAACUGGUUCUUUUGAGCGCAUGGAAGAGGAAGGGGAUGUUGCGACUGCAUUUACCAUGGCAAGGAUAUUGUCAAACAUACCUGUAUCAAGGGGUGGUCCAACUAGUUUAGUCAUUUAUGAUAUUCAUGCUUUGCAGGAAAGGUUUUAUUUUAGCGAUCAAGUUUUGCCUUGUUUUGAAACUGGGAUACCAUUGUUGAAGCAACGUCUUAACGAGCUUCCUGAUGCUGAUAAUAUCAGCAUUGCAUUUCCAGACGAUGGAGCAUGGAAGCGAUUCUACAAGCAGUUGCAGCAUUUUCCAAUGAUUGUGUGCACCAAGGUUCGUGAAGGUGAUAAGAGGAUUGUUCGCCUCAAGGAGGGAAAUCCUGAGGGUCGUCACGUGGUUAUUGUUGAUGACUUGGUACAGUCAGGAGGAACACUUAUUGAAUGUCAGAAAGUUUUGUCUGCUCAUGGUGCUGCAAAGGUUAGUGCUUAUGUCACCCAUGCAGUUUUCCCCAAGAUGUCAUACCAGCGGUUCACCCACAAAGACGAUGAGAACUCAGAGAAGGCGUUCACCUACUUCUGGAUCACAGAUUCCUGCCCCCUAACUGUGAAGGCUAUAGCAAACAAGGCUCCUUUUGAAGUUCUUAGUCUUGCAGGGUCCAUAGCAGAUGCCCUCCAAAUCUGAAAUGCAUUCCAGGUCUUCAGUUAGUGAACAGGGAUGAGGAAAUGCAUGCAAAAGCUUUUUUUUUUUUUUUAACAUGAUCAUCAAAUAUUCAUGAGGCAUCUCCGAGAUGCACCCAACAAUGUAAUUGGUAUGCUUUAUUAGGUGGAAGUUACUAAUGUCGCAGGUAAAUAAAUCUUUCACCAUUAUAGUCUGUCA